AUGGCACCAAACGCGAACGACUUUCUGGAUGCUUCGGAAAGCGACAAUGAUCACAUUGAGAGCUAUGACUCGGAAAAUGAAAUCAGCAAGGGCGGAAGCCGAAGCACAAAGCGCAGAAAGCUAAGCCCCGAGGAAGACGGCGACUCUGACCACGAUGCGAGCGACACUGACGGCGGCGAUGACGAGGAAGACGACGCUGUUGAAGCAGAAGCCAAGACAGCAGAAGACAAGGAAUCCGAAAAGAAAAAGACCAAGCUUCCCAAGAUCCAGAGCGACCUACCCGACAUCUCCCGCACCCUCACCAAGAAGAAUCUCGUCGCGACCGAAAAAGCCAUCAAAAGGUCCGGCGUCGUCUACCUCUCCCGCAUACCGCCAUUCAUGAAGCCCGCCAAGCUGCGCUCCCUUCUCGAGCCCUACGGCGCCAUCAACCGCAUCUUUCUCGCCCCCGAGGACCCUACCGCGCACGCGCGGCGCGUCCGCGCCGGCGGCAACAAGAAGCGCUCCUACACCGAGGGCUGGGUCGAGUUUCUGCGGAAAAAGGACGCCAAAGCAGUCUGCGCGCUGCUGAAUGCCGGCACCGUGGGCGGCAAAAAGGGCAGCUACUACCGGGACGACAUUUGGAAUUUGAUGUACCUCAAAGGGUUCAAGUGGCACAACCUCACGGAGCAGAUUGCGUCGGAGAAUGCGGAGCGCGCGAGCCGCAUGCGCGCCGAGAUUAGCAAGACGGCGCGCGAGAAUAAGGAGUUUGUGAGGAACGUGGAACAGGCCAAGGUGCUGGACGGCAUUGCCAAGUCGGCGGCGGCGAGGAAGCGCAAGGCGGCGGACAAUGGAGAGCCCGAGACUGGUGCUGAUGGCGAUGGCGUGGCGGAGGGGGCGACGCAGAGGCACACGAGGACGUUUAAGCAAAUACCCCUGGCAAAGAAGACUAAGGAUACGGAUGAGCAACCUGAAAGGGUCACGAGGGUAUUGAACAAGAUUUUCUAA